AAAGAUUCACCUAGUCAUCGUUGUAUCACGAGAAGCAUUAAAUCGUUGUUUUACAGUAAUUAUUUUAUAUACCUAAUUUAAGAUAUAUUUUUUUAAUAAUAUUAUUGUCUAUGACCAAUAAAUCAUAUAACAUCGAUUAUGUGGAGCUCGGGAUCCGGAAUCCGGAUACACUGCCCACCAUCAAUAUUGAUAAGAGACCUUCGAUUAGCCAUUAGCCGACAUCUAGCCGGCCGGAGUGCUGGACGCGUCAGACGAACGACAAUCAUCAAUAUUCUACAGUAUUGUCCACUUCCGACCAUUAGUGACAUUUAGUGUACACUCGCGGUCUUUUACCUGUUACGUCUUCCAGAAAACCGCGUAGUUAGCUACGUUAUUCCCACAGUGCUCGUCGGCUAUAUGCACUGUUCGCAAACUCCGAACGCGAAGACGUGUCAACACACGUUAUUGCAAUGAGUAUUUCAAGUUUAAAUUUGGUGGACCAAUUUGAUGCAUCAUUGAACAUUCAUACUAAGCUAAAAGACAUUAUAGAUCCUGGUGUGGUUUCGUCCAAAGAAUGUUCAAAGGCAAACUCUCGUGUACAUCAAUCAAUAACUAGUCCGAUACUGUCAGUUUCUGUAAAUCCGUUUCACUUAGUUCAAGAAGAAAUAUCAGAAAUUCUAUCGACAUCAACCCCAGAUACAGGAAUAUUAUUACCUGUAGCAUGUCCUGUUAUUGAAAUAUUGACUACAUCAAAUCUUUUUUUGUUCGAAUUUCCAAGACCUUAUACAAUAAUAUCAUCAAUGCCAACUGAAUUGAGACUAGUAUCUUGUAUACCUUAUAAUAUCAUGUCACCAUGUGUUCAACCAAGAAUUGAUGCUCGUAAUAUUCUUAGAACUACUACUUUUAUGUAUGGGUCACAUUUAUUUCCAAUAAUUGAGCACUUAAAAUACACCAUGAAAAUAUUUUAUAAUGAAAAUAACCAAACACCUACAAUAUAUGUUAUGAAAAUAACAUGCGGAACACAAGUAACACAAUCAUUCAAAUUGAAAUGUGUAGAAAAGGUUUCUGUUACAAAACAACAAAAUGGAAGUGGAAUCAAUUCAUACUAUCAUUAUCAAAAUCUCAAUAACAAUGUAAUAAACGAAACUAACAUCACACAGAAAUAUCAGACAUCAGCAAACCACCAGACAACAAUGACCAAUUUCUAAAUAGACAAUUAGAAUAGAACUAAAAAUUUUGAUAUAAAAUCAGUAAAGUUUCAGCUAAUCUGCUUAAUUCACAGGUAUUAUUAUUUUAUUUUUAACUAGGCAUAGAGUAUAGGGUAUA